GAUUAUAUACGUAGAGAGCCGUGCCGGGCUAAACUUAGACCACAAAAGAACUUUCCCUUGCUUGUUCUUCAACAGAAAAUUUUCCUAAAAAUUUUCUAUUUCGAUCCAAACGACCUGCCUAAUCAUGAGCAACGAGUACGACUAUCUGUUUAAACUUUUGCUGAUCGGAGACUCUUCUGUUGGAAAAUCGUGCUUGCUUCUCAGAUUUGCCGAUGAUUCUUACGUAGACAGCUAUAUCAGUACCAUCGGAGUUGAUUUCAAAAUCAGGACGGUUGAGCUGGAUGGGAAGACAAUCAAGCUGCAGAUUUGGGAUACUGCUGGACAGGAACGUUUCCGGACUAUCACAAGCAGUUAUUACAGAGGAGCUCAUGGAAUCAUAAUUGUCUAUGAUGUAACUGAGAUGGAGAGCUUCAACAAUGUCAAGCAAUGGUUGAAUGAGAUUGAUAGAUAUGCAAAUGAGAGUGUAUGCAAGCUUCUAGUUGGGAACAAAUGUGAUUUAGUUGAUAACAAGGUUGUUGACACCCAAACUGCUAAGGCUUUUGCGGAUGACCUUGGGAUCCCAUUCCUUGAGACCAGUGCUAAAGAUGCAAUCAAUGUCGAACAGGCUUUCUUGACCAUGGCUGGUGAAAUCAAGAAGAAAAUGGGGAACCAGCCAACUGGUAAUAAGUCAAGUGGCAAUGUUCAGAUGAAAGGACAGCCAAUCCAACAGAACAGCAACUGCUGUGGUUAGCCAAUUGUCUUGUAAUUGUUAGUUAUAUUAUCAAACUUAAGGCAGGAAAACUGUGGGACUUAAUGGUAAAAAUCUUUUGGAAACUCUAAAAUGGUGUCUUGUUUAAGCUUUGAACUGAGUGAAAAUAGAAGUUCUACAAUUGUUCAUUGAAGUCUAA